AUGUCUCACUCCUCAAAAUGCCAACGCCUCACAUUUGAGCCAAACUUUCAGGCCCAUAGUGAGAUAAUGUUUCCCAUACCUGAGGAGGAGGACUCCUCCAUUUCCUCUGGCUCUUUCAACUUCUCCUUCCCCUCCUCCUCUCCCUCCUCCUACCCUCCUUCCUCUCCUGUAUUCCCAGGACCCCUGAAGGAGGAAGAGGAAAAGGAGGCUGAGAAGGAGAGAGAGAACAAGAAAGGGGAGAAGGGGGAGCAGGGGGAUUCUGAGGAGUGGGAGGAGAAGAAGGCAGAACAGGAGAAGGGUUGGAAGAGGAAGCUGAAGAAGCAGGAGCAGCCUGCUUCUAAGACAUCAAGACCUCCCCAGCGUCCUCAGAGGUCCAUGGCACGGAGCACAUCAGUUGAGGGCCCCAGCAACCAAGACAAUGAGGAUACAAGCUCCCUGCAGACCUCAGCAGACCCUGAGUCUCAGUGUAGAGACCGCAUAGAUAAGAAUGUGACCAAUUUGGUGCGUAUCAUGAUCCUCAGGUAUCGUUUGAGGAAGCCUAUUACAAAGGCACAGAUGCUACAAGUUAUUAGCAAAAGGGGCAAGCGUCAAUUCCCUGUGAUUUUUAAGAAAGCUUGUAAGUGCUUGGAGGUGAUCUGUGGCAUUGAUGUGAAGGAAGUGGUCCCUGCCACCCACUCCUAUGUCCUUGUCAACUCACUGGAUCUCACCUAUGAUGAGAUGCUUGGUGACCAUGAGAGCAUGCCUAAAAACGGCCUCCUGAUAAUCAUCCUGGGUAUGAUCUUCCUGGAGGGUAACUGUGCCCAGGAGGAAGCCAUUUGGGAGUUCCUGAAUAUGAUGGGAGUUUAUGCAGGGAGGGAGCAUUUUAUUUAUGGGGAGCCUAGGAAGCUCCUCACCAGAACCUGGGUUCAGGAGAAUUACCUGGAGUACCAGCAGGUGCUUCAUAGUGACCCACCACGCUACCAAUUCAGGUGGGGUCCAAGGGCCCAUGCUGAAACCAGCAAGUUGCAAGUUCUGGAAUUUUUGUCCAAGAUUAAGGGGAUUGACCACAUCUCCUUCUCAUGCUGGUAUGAGGAGGCUUUGAGAGAUGAGCAAGAGAGAGCCCAGGCCAGAAUUGGCCCUGUGGGUCAUGCUGCUGCCAAGUUCAUGGCACAGCCUCUCCUUCCCCAGCUGA